CUCAGGCCCCGCCCCCUCACUCUCUUCGCGGCCGCGCUUGGCCCUUCCUGGGCUCCGUAGCGGCCCCGCCUCUGUCUCUGUCUGUCCCCUCUCGGCCCCCCAUACGCCGCGGCGCUUCCGUUGGUGGGUGCAGGAUGGGUCAAAGUCAAAGUGGUGGACAUGGUCCUGGGGGUGGCAAGAAGGAUGACAAGGAUAAGAAGAAGAAAUAUGAACCUCCAGUUCCAACUAGAGUGGGGAAAAAGAAGAAGAAAACAAAGGGACCAGAUGCAGCCAGCAAACUCCCACUGGUGACACCUCACACACAAUGCAGACUCAAAUUGUUGAAAUUAGAGAGAAUUAAAGAUUACCUACUUAUGGAGGAAGAAUUUAUCAGAAAUCAGGAACAGAUGAAACCUUUGGAAGAAAAGCAAGAGGAAGAGAGAUCAAAGGUAGAUGAUCUGAGAGGAACCCCAAUGUCUGUAGGUACCCUGGAGGAGAUUAUUGAUGAUAAUCACGCUAUAGUGUCUACAUCAGUGGGAUCUGAGCACUAUGUCAGUAUUUUGUCUUUUGUGGACAAAGAUCUUCUAGAACCAGGCUGCUCUGUUUUGCUCAAUCAUAAGGUUCAUGCUGUGAUAGGAGUCCUGAUGGAUGACACAGAUCCUUUAGUUACAGUGAUGAAAGUGGAGAAGGCCCCUCAGGAGACUUACGCUGACAUUGGUGGCCUUGACAACCAGAUUCAAGAAAUUAAGGAAUCUGUGGAGCUUCCUCUCACCCAUCCUGAGUAUUAUGAAGAGAUGGGUAUAAAGCCUCCCAAAGGAGUAAUUCUGUAUGGCCCACCUGGCACAGGUAAAACCUUACUAGCCAAAGCAGUGGCAAACCAGACCUCAGCAACCUUUCUGAGAGUUGUUGGCUCCGAGCUUAUACAGAAGUACCUAGGUGAUGGUCCAAAACUUGUCCGUGAAUUGUUCCGCGUAGCUGAGGAGCAUGCUCCAUCAAUCGUCUUUAUUGAUGAAAUAGAUGCCAUUGGUACAAAGAGAUAUGACUCAAAUUCUGGUGGUGAAAGAGAGAUCCAGCGUACGAUGCUGGAGUUGCUGAACCAAUUAGAUGGGUUUGAUUCCCGUGGGGAUGUGAAAGUUAUCAUGGCCACAAACAGAAUAGAAACAUUGGAUCCAGCCUUAAUCAGGCCAGGGCGUAUUGAUAGGAAAAUUGAGUUCCCCUUACCAGAUGAAAAGACCAAGAAGCGCAUCUUUCAGAUUCACACAAGUAGGAUGACUUUGGCAGAUGAUGUAACUUUAGAUGAGCUCAUUAUGGCUAAAGAUGAUCUGUCUGGCGCAGAUAUUAAGGCAAUUUGCACAGAAGCUGGUUUGAUGGCUUUGAGAGAACGCAGAAUGAAAGUAACUAAUGAAGACUUCAAAAAAUCAAAAGAGAAUGUUCUCUAUAAGAAACAAGAAGGCACCCCAGAGGGGCUUUAUCUUUAGGGACUCCUCUUACUUUCAAAAUACAUGAAAUGGCAACAGAUGUUUCACAGGCCUCAUCAAUAGAGCAUAACAUCUUAGCCUCUCCAAGCAUGAUGGGUGGACUGUGUUUAGUUGUAAGUCUAUAAAAUACUUAUUCAAUUAAAAAAAUCAGUUCUGAAA